AUGUGUAGGAAAGUAGGUUAGCAGUUCUUCUUGGCAGAGCAGAAGGAGAGAGGGAAGGAGAAAGCAGGGGAAAGGAGGAUAAGAAGGGAAGCUGUGCAGUUGCCGCUUCUUCUCAGGACCCCUCUCUUGAUUCAUUAGUACUUAUUAAUUAAUACUCAGCAACAUCAGCAUCAUUUCAAAGCUUGACAUCCUAAUAGGGAAGAGGCUCCUAAACAUUUCUAGAUUGUUUUUUUACUUCUUCUUUUUAGUUUCCUGAGUUUUUCAUGCCAUUCCCAGAAGAAUAGAAGGAAAUUGUAUAAAAAGUGGAGGAGAAAAAGGGAGAACAGCCAAGAUGAGAGCACAAAUCGAGGUCAUUCCUUGCAAGAUAUGCGGGGAUAAAUCAUCCGGGAUCCAUUAUGGAGUGAUCACCUGCGAAGGAUGCAAAGGCUUCUUCCGCAGGAGCCAGCAAAACAAUGCAACGUAUUCCUGCUCCCGACAGCGCAACUGCAUCAUCGACCGGACCAACCGCAACCGGUGCCAGCAUUGCCGCCUGCAGAAAUGCCUGGCGCUGGGCAUGUCACGUGAUGCGGUCAAGUUUGGCAGGAUGUCCAAGAAGCAGCGGGACAGCCUCUAUGCUGAGGUCCAGAAGCACCAGAAGAACCAGGAACAUGGUGGAGGGCACAGUCACGGGGAAGCUGCGGAUGAGCCAGAGCCCCUCUCCCGAGGCUACUCAACCAGCGUCAGCAGCGGCCUUUCUGACCUGGAUGAUAUCUCCAUGCUCUCUGAUGGGUUCCUCUUCGACUUCCCCUUAACCCCGGAUAACAAUGGGAAUGGUGGUGGUUACUACAACCUCGACCUCCUGACCUCAGCUCAACCUUCUCCAGACCAAUCCAGCCUGGACCUCAGCGAGGCCAAGCUCCUCAAACAGGAGUCGCUCUACGAGUUGAUGCUGGAACCAUCACUCUUCUGUGGAGGGGGCUUCGAAGGCGGGCCCUUGACCUCAGAUGUCUCGGCUGCGGAGAUCGAGCGCCUCACCCAAAAUGUGGUCAAGUCGCAUAUGGAGACGUCGCUAUACACCGCUGAGGAGUUGAAGCGGAUGGUGUGGACAAUGCACUCGCAAGACGAAAUCAGAAACAUGCAGAACAAGAGCUGUGAGGCCAUGUGGCAGGAAUGCGCGAUCCAGCUCUCCAAUGCCAUCCAGUACGUCGUCGAGUUUGCCAAGCGCAUUGAUGGCUUCAUGGACCUCUGCCAGAAUGACCAGAUCAUCCUCCUCAAAGCAGGUUGUUUAGAGGUCCUCCUCAUCCGGAUGAUCCGCGCCUUCAACCCCUUGAACAACACAGUGCUCUAUGCUGGGAAAUAUGGCGGGAUACAGAUGUUCAAGGCAUUGGGCUGCGAUGACCUAAUCGAUUCUGUUUUUGACUUGGGGGAAAACCUAUGUCGGCUUCAGCUUUCGGACGAGGAGAUUGCACUGUUCACAGCCACGGUCCUGCUUUCCCCAGAUCGGCCCUGGCUUUCCGAAUCGAAGAAAGUGCAAAAGCUGCAGGACAAGAUCUACUUGGCUCUGCAGCAGGAGGUCCAGAAGAAAAACACCUACGAAGACAGGCUUUCCAAGAUGGUCUCCAAGCUGCCCGUGAUGAAGACCAUCUGCCGCCUUCACCUGGACAAGCUGGCCUUCUUCCGCCUGGUCCACCCAGAGACAGCCAUGGACUUCCCUCCGCUCUACAAGGAGGUCUUCAACACCGAACUCCAUUACGAUGGCAGCGAAAGCUAAGGUCAGCUCUUCCGGGGAGCAAGACGGACCGAAUCCGGGAAAUUCAGGCCCAGAAAAACCAAGGUCUUUCCCAAUCGGGAUCUUUGCCUGCCACUGAAUGUAAACAGGUCUUGGGAACAUGCAUACACACGGUUCGGACAGAUCACCUGGAUCACAAUGAUGAUUCUACGCCAGCGAAUGUGAACCGCAAAGUUUCAGAUUCAUCUGCAACAAAGACCGCCCUGAACAUUGUGUUUUUGGAGUUAAGAACUCCCAUUUAUUUUAUUUUUGCGUAAUUGCGCAAUCGCGCAAUCCUGGAUUUAAUUUAUAUGGCGAAUGUUGGGGGGCUGGCCCCUCCGGCAGGGAGGAAAAGAUGGUGAAUAAUGAUGCAUUUCCAUUGAGAAAUCAUGCUGCUAAUCUAGUCAUGCGGUUGGACUGUUUCCCAUCAGCCCCAUGACAAAACAGCCAUAAUAAAUGGCUCCUGGGGUCUUUCGGUGUUGGGACUUUAGGAAAGGAUCCAGUCUUUUCCAUAUUCUAUCCCUAUGUUAAGUUAUCCCCAAAAGACCCUUAAAUACUGCAAAUUUGGGGGGGGGGGGAAUCACAUCUCUUCAUCCCCAAAAUGUGUAAGGUUUGGGGUGAGAAAAGUAUAUAAAACGUAAAGGAGAUAAACAUGACAAUCAAAUCAAAUUAAACACUCUUUAAACAGCCAAAACCAUUUUUAAAAAACCAUUAAAAUUGCACUUUAUUCAUCAGAUCCAGUCCAAUUAAUCUUGGCUCCGAAUCCCAGUUGCACCAUUGAGGCGUAUUUGACAAUCUCCUCUUUUUAAUAAGGAUGUUUUGUAAAUAUCAGCAUGUCGUUUUUUAAAGAAAUGUUUCCAAUGACCCCUUGACCGCCUUGUUGACCCCUUUAUGGCCGCACACUGCUGAUGACCAUACUUGUGCACUUUUCCUUGCUGUCCUAAACCUUUUGGAAGGUAUAUAUAAAUAUAUAUUUGUUUUAUUUCAAAAGACUUUGUCCCAUUCCCUGAUUGGGGUUCAUGGUUGUUUUAAGGCUUCAGUCCACUCCAGGUUGUAGUCCAAACUGUAAAGGAGAUGCUUUAAAGUUUAGACUAAAAUACUUCUAAACCCACCCCCCAAAAUAUUGAUAUGAGUCUCCAUGUCAUUGCCAAACAAAUAAGAAAAGUCCACUGAAAUUCAGUCUGCAAUCUGGACCCCGUAAAUAUUUGGUCUGCAAUCCACACACCAUGAAUAUGCAAUCUGCCCCUACACAUAUGCAGUCUACACCCCAUAGAAUAUUCAGUUUGCAAUCUGCACCCUACAAAUACUGAAUCUGCAAUCUUAACUUCACAAAUGUUCAGCCUGCAGUCUGCACCCACAAAUAGGCAGUCUGCAAUCCGAACUCCACAUUUAUUUAGUCUGCAAUCCAAACCCCAAAAUAUUUAGUCUGCAGUCUUAACCCCACAAAUAUUCUGUUUGCAAACUAAACCCCACAAAUAUUUAAUCUGUACCCAUGAGUAUUCAGCCUGCAAUCUGAAUUUACAAAUACUCAGCCUGUAAACUGCACCUACGAAUAGGCACUUUGCCCUGCACCAAUAUUUAAUCUGCAAUCUGCACAGCACACAUCUCUGAUCUGCAAUCUGCACCCUACAGAUAUUGAAUCUGCAAUCUGAACCCCACAAAUAUUGAAUCUGCAAUCCAAAUGCCACAAAUACUGAACCUGCAAUUUGAACCUGAUGAAUAUUUGGUCUGCAAUCUGCACUAAUGAGGUUUCAGUCCGCAAUCUAAACCCCACAAAUACUCAGCCUGCAAUUUGCACCAGUGAGUAGGUAAUCUGCCCCCACCAAUAUUUAAUCUGCAAGUUGGACCCACGGAUAUUGAGUCUACAAUCUGAACACCCGAAUAUUCAGUCUGCAGUCUGAACCCCACAAAUAUUUAAUCUGCAAUCUGAACAGCACAGAUAUUCAGACUGCAAUCUGAACCCCACAAAUAUUUAAUCUGCAAUCUGAACAGCACAAAUAUUCAGUCUGCAGCACAAAUAUUCAGUCUGCAGUCUGAACCCCACAAAUAUUUAAUCUGCAAUCUGAACAGCACAAAUAUUCAGUCUGCAA